UGGCUGUGCGUACUGGCCGGCGUCCUCGCCUGCGCCCCGGGCCCGGCGGACUGGAUCUAGCCCCGAGAGGUGAAGUCUCUGUCGCGCCCAGUCCCUCCCAGCCCAGCCCGGAGCCGGCUUGCCUUAGCGACUCGAGGACACCAAGGGGAAGAGAGCGUGUCCCAUUCGUGUAGUGACUGCAUAUGAUGGCCAGGCAGCCGGGCUGCAGCAGGAGGAAUGCACCUACAUGCAGAUGAUGGAGACGGAGCACAAGCAGUGCCUAGAAGAGGCCCACCUGGAGAAUGAGACAGCAGGCUGCAGCAAGAUGUGGGACAACCUCACCUGCUGGCCGGCCACCCCUCGGGGCCAGGUGGUUGUCUUGGCUUGCCCCCUCAUCUUCACGCUCUUCUCUCCCAGUCGAGGCCUCAACAACGUGAGCCGCAGCUGCACUGACGAAGGCUGGACACCCCUGGAGCCUGGCCCCUAUCCUGUUGCCUGUGGCUUUGAUAGCAAGGCGUUGAGUUUGGACGAGCAGCAGCAGCAGACAGUAUUCUUCAAUUCCGUGAAGACCGGCUACACCAUCGGCUACAGCCUGUCCCUCGCGGCCCUUCUGGUGGCCAUGGCCAUCUUGAUCCUGUUCAGGAAGCUCCACUGCACGCGGAACUACAUCCACAUGCACCUCUUCACGUCCUUCAUCCUGAGGGCCACUGCCGUCUUCAUCAAAGACUUGGCUCUCUUUGACAGCGGGGAGUUGGACCACUGCUCUCGGGGCUCGGUGGGCUGUAAGGCAGUCAUGGUCUUAUUCCAGUACUGUGUCAUGGCCAACUACUUCUGGCUGUUGGUGGAGAGCAUCUAUCUGCACACCCUGCUCGCUGUCUCCUUCUUUUCUGAGCGAAAGUACUUCUGGGGGUACAUACUCAUCGGCUGGGGAGUCCCCAGCACAUUCACCAUGGUGUGGACCAUCGUCAGGAUCCAUUUUGAGAAUGAUGGGUGCUGGGACACCAUCAACUCCCCACUGUGGUGGAUUAUAAAGGGCCCCGUCAUCGCCUCCAUCUUGGUGAACUUCAUCCUGUUUAUUUGCAUCAUCCGAAUCCUGGUUCAGAAACUACGACCCCCCGAUGUCAGGAAGAGUGACAGCAGCCCAUACUCGAGGCUAACCAAGUCUACACUCUUGCUGAUCCCCUUGUUUGGGGUACACUACAUCAUGUUUGCCUUCUUCCCAGAUGACUUUAAGGCUGAAGUGAAAAUGGUCUUUGAGCUCAUCUUGGGGUCUUUCCAGGGUUUUGUGGUGGCCGUCCUCUACUGCUUCCUCAAUGGUGAGGUGCAAAUGGAGCUGCGGAGGAAAUGGCGGCGCUGGCACCAGCACGGUGUCUUGGGGUCGGAUCCUAAAUACCAGCACCCAUUGGGAGGCAGCAGUGGCGCCACAUACAGCACGCAGGUCUCCAUGCUGACCCGCGUCAGCCCCGAUGCGCGCCGCUCCUCCAGCUUCCAGGCGGAAGUCUCCCUGGUCUGACCGCCAGGGGCCCUGGGGCCCGUCCCGCUCCCACCCAUCCGGGCGGCACCCAGGGCAGAGGCCUGCCCGGGAGGAGAGACCGUCCCUGGGCUCGAGGCUGCCCUGGCCCCCAAGUCACUCCUCGGACCCCCCUUGGAGAAAGCAGUGCUUGAGCCUGCCUGGGGAGAGGAGGAUGCAUAGAUGAGGAGUCGUUUUUAUGUGGCAGGAGAGCUGAGAGCUCAUCCCCGGGAAGAUGAGUGUGGAAACCAUUAACCAGACUCCUCCUCCAAAGGCUCCCUCGGCCCAUCAAGGGCAGAGAAUUUGCAUACUCUCAUUCUGGCUCCGCCUUUUAGUAUCUUCUGAGCAGUACAAGGAAGCAACCGCCCAUUCUCAAAGAUGUUGGUAUGAUGGUGCGCUGUGAGGGGAGAAAAGUCCUGCCCCGAGAGGUCAUCUUGGUGCCCCCCUCUUAGUUGCCUGUGUCUCAAGGUGAGUGAGUUUUGUUGUGAAGAGAUCUGGAGGUUUGGUUUGGGGAGCAUAGCUAGCUGUCUUCUGGUCUCCAACAAUGUGGAGUUGGAGAUCCCCAGGCCUGUCUCAGACUGUGGCUAUAGCUGGAACAGUGAAACCUGAGGACUGACGAACUCUGGAGUCUCUGGAAAGUGAGGAGACUGCCACAGAUGCAAGCUCUGUAAGCCUCAGUGGCUUCAUCUGUCAAGUGAGAACAGUGGCACCUGCCUUCCAUAUCCCUAGGGGCUAUGACAGGAACAAGAAUCAAGGUCUGCCUUGACUGCCCACCCACGAUCUAACUGCGUAACCAGGCUCGGCCUUUUGCAUCCAUGGGAACACGACCCUCACGUCAACUCAGCAAGGUGGAAUUACUGUUCCUAUUUCACAGAUCAAGAAACUGAGUCUCACAGGGAGCAGGUACCUUACCCUGCCACACAGACAAGAUUUGAACUCAGAUCUGCCUGACGGGAAAGCACAGACCCCUAACCGCUACUGUUUUUAAAUUUUAACAAGCUGGAUCCUCUCGUGGGUUAUUUGUAUCACUGAUAUUAUCACCCUCAUUCCUGAAUCCCCAUCCCUGCUCCACUUUCCCUGCAUAUAGCUGAGGAGUUGUCCAGACCAUGUAUCAUUUCAACAAGAGCCUGGUGGUUGUGGCAUCCUAUGUCUGCCCUUCACUCCUGUGGCCUCACGGUUGUCCACAGAUCUCAGAACCCAGCUUCCUACCCACACCCACCCCCCAGCCAGAAGAUCCCCUCAAGUUUGCAAAUGGCUUGUGUAACAAUAAAUGUUGGGUUGAAUUGG